UGUAUCCUAUGCUACUGAACAGAUAUGUUGCGAUACUAGCUACACACUAGCAUUAAAGCCACGAAAAGAUGCACCUUUACGGGAUUAAAACAAUAAAACUAACAACGAGAAGUCUGGAAAAACUUUGCCCAACUGUGCCCAAACUUUGAUAGGCUACAACCCAAAUCACUUCCCUUCAGUUUCGAGUGUGUUAGCAUUGUUUUAUCUCACCAUUAUUGCCAUUGGACGCGUUUUUUUUUCUUCUGGAGCAGUCCAGUCUGAUGAAUUCACCGAAAAAAGACGGAGAUGAUGAUGUGCCCGUUAAAGACCCGGUAAAAUACGGCGAAUUGGUCAUUUUGGGGUACAAUGGCUCUCUUCCAAGCGGAGACCGUGGGCGUAGAAAGAGCCGCUUCGCUCUGUAUCGAAGGGCCAAGGCCAACGGUGUCAAACCCAGCGCUGUGCACAUCCUCAACACACCACAGGACAGCAAGGCUGUCCACAGCAGGGGGCAGCACAGCAUCUCUUUUACUCUGUCCCGUAACCAGACAGUGGUGGUGGAGUACUGCCAUGACAACAACACAGACAUGUUCCAGAUUGGACGCUCCACAGAGAGUCCCAUUGACUUUGUGGUGACAGACACCUCCGGAGGGGGGAAGGAGGGGGAGGACCCCUCCAUUGCUCCCAGCACCAUCUCGCGUUUUGCCUGCAGAGUGGUGUGUGAACGCAACCCACCUUACACUGCACGUAUCUACGCCGCUGGCUUUGACUCUUCCAAAAAUAUCUUCUUAGGGGAGAAAGCAACAAAAUGGAAAAACCCUGAUGGGCAUAUGGACGGCCUGACCACCAACGGGGUGCUAGUGAUGCACCCCAAGGGGUUCCCAGAGGACCCCAAGCAGGGUCUGUGGAGGGAGAUCUCUGUCUGCGGCGAUGUUUACGCGCUGCGGGAGACACGCUCUGGACCCAGCCGGGGCAAACUGGCCGAGGGCGAGAGCAGCGCGCUACGUGACGGCUCCCUGGUUGACCUGUGCGGUGCCACCCUGCUGUGGCGUACAGGCGAGGGGCUCAUGCGCGCUCCCACCCUGCGUCACCUGGAAGCACUUCGCCAGGAGCUCAACGCGUCCCGGCCCCAGUGUCCUGUCGGCCUCAGCACGCUGGCCUUCCCCAGCCUGCCGCGCAGCCACAGCCUUGAAGAGCGUCAGCCUUGGGUCUACCUCGCUUGCGGCCAUGUCCACGGACGCCACGACUGGGGCCAGAGAUCUGAGGGAGUGGAGGUGCCGGGAGAGGGCGAGGGUUCCACAACCCGCCGAGAAUGUCCCCUGUGCAGGAGCGUGGGUCCCUACGUGCCCCUGUGGCUGGGCUGCGAGCCUGCUGUGUACGUGGACGCCGGAGCUCCCACUCACGGUUUUGUGCCGUGCGGCCACGUCUGCUCCGAGAGGACAGCCAGGUACUGGGCUGAGACCCCGCUUCCUCACGGGACGCACGCCUUCAGACCCGUGUGCCCCUUCUGCUCCUCUGCCCUCAGCACCCCCGGCUGGACGCGGCUCAUCUUCCAGGGCCCCAUCGACUAGUCGCCACUCCUCAUCAACCACUCUCACAGUAACAGAAAGACGCCUGGGCUACAUGUUGCAGACGUUGGUCAGUGUUCAGUAGGGAUAGCUAAUUGAUUAGGAGCGCAUGUGUGCUCUACACUCGGGCCACACACUGUGUAUAACAAACACUGUCCAACGUUGUUACUGAAUGUAGCUCGAAGCUGAAUCCUUCCCGUUCUUUAUCCUUCAAUUCUUGUUGAUUGGUAUAAGAUCUGGUGAAUAGGUGCAAAAUAACAGAAUAAUCAAUAGUGUCACGUGGACGGUAUUUACUCUAAACUCUAACCCUCUGUCAGGCAAGAUUGUGCUGUUUUUCAUUCCAACCAAACACUACACUUUCAGUGAUUACCUAACCUUCAAGUCAAAUUGUAUAUAGACACGAGCUUAAACGAUGCUGCUUGACCCUUUUUAAACAAUUAUUUUUACUCCAUUAUCAAAUGACUCAACCUCCCACAAAUUUUAAACGAUGUCAUACAAAACAAACAGAUCCAAACGCUUUUUAUUUGUCUCUUUCAAAAGCCAUGUAUAAAACGACAAGUAGCUUUUUGCACACACAAAAACAAAAGGAGUAGCCUUUUUACUCAGUUCCUCUGCAGCGUCUUACACGUCUGCAGCGCCCGCGUGUCCUUAACUCGGUGAAACGCCGCCUCUUGCACUUCUCGGCCUGACAUCCGACCAGUUCUUAAUUUCUAAAACAUUGUUACUGUAAUUGUUGUGAAAUGCUCGCCACUCAUCAAACAACACAACCCACCUGGUCUCAGCUUCUGCAAAAACCACCUUCGCCUUUAUUUCAAAUCAAGUCUCUUUAUAGAUUUGCACGCUCACUUUCCUGUCUUCCUUCCCUGAAUGACCAGCUGAUUUAUAUUCAUAGCUGUAUUCUCAGCUGGCCAUAUUAACUACUUAUGGUAAAUGUGCUUUACAAGGUGAGAUCAGAGGCGUGUGCUUCGAUCUAGCUUUUCAGGUUCCCAGCGAUUCAUGAAGGGGAAAUUAUUAACCAUCAUAAAAUGAGUAUAUGCAGUUUUCAUCUUUUGUCUUCAUGCAUCAUUUUUUGUGUGAAAUCCAUGCAGAGAGAGACCCCAUAAAUGAGACCCCUUGUGUAGUAUUAGGUUGGAAUGAAAACCUGCAGACUCUCUGAUUGUCUCUGAAGGGAACACUACACGCUGUAUGACCGCACCACAAAGAAUUCACCUCUCAAGGCCAGAUCUCAUCCUGAUUAUCAAGCAGACCGAGGAUAAGCACGGGCUGGGAGUGAAACUGGGUAAAAUCCACUACAUAACUCUGCAGCAAUAAUAGCACUCCCAUAUAAGCUAGAUGUAUCGCUAUGUUUAGCCAAGUGAUAAGUCGGCGGUCGCUUUGGACAUGGCUGAAAUGGUUUCCAGGUUAAGGGCUCAACCAGAGGCGUGUUCAAUAUCAGGAAUUAUUUCAUUGUGGUGUUGUGUGUGUGUGUGUGUGUGUGUGUGUGUGUGUGUGUGUGUGUGUGUGUGUGUGUGUGUGUGUGUGUGUGUGUGUGUGUGUGUGAUGUAACCAAAGCACUAGAAUUUAAAGAUGAGCAACUGAAUCAAUGAUUAAACACACAACAUGUAUUUACAUACUCAUUUUAGAUGCAUUAAUAGCCUAAACAUGCUAACAGAGAUUAGCAUGUUUAGGCUGCAGAGGAAUACAUCAGCUGUCACAAAAGGACAUGUUUUGACGCUCCUGUUGUGUUAAUUUGAACACACUUCUGGUUACUGAAUUAUGUGAAACAGGGUCCAUGUUUGCAUGGUGGAGUGUCAAAAAGGUUUGACCUUGCAUAACCUCAAAAGAGAACUUCUUUUUUGUUUCAAAGAAAACUAUUUUGUUAGAAGAUGGGGAGGGAUUUAUUUGGGUGAAGCGGGAGGAAUUCUUUUAGAUGUUCAGUGUUUAAAAAAAGCAACUAUUUUUCUAACUGAUAAUUGGUUUUAGUUAACUAAUUGUUACUCAGUGUAUGUUUCCGAAUAUUCUCGUGUGGUAGAUCUAGGAGAGCUUGUGAGUGAGAAAACAUUGCCAACACUGUGUCCAACAAACACACACUUAACACAUUGCUACCGUAAAAAAAAAAAAAAAAAAAAACAUUGCCCAGACAAUGAAUGUAGCCAAAUACUCAGGCUAUGUUUAGCCUUCCCUGGUGCUCAUAUUGAAUGGUCUAUAUUGUGAUACUAUUUUUGUAACUGAAUAUUAUGGUGUAGCUCGGUGAACUAGCUCGAUGAGGUCGGAUCAUUUCAAAAUAGCCUCAAGUGUGGAAGAUGUAUAAUUGACAAUACACACUCACGUGGACAUUGUGGUUAGCUUGCAUGUGCUGAACGUACACAUACAGUAUGUACACUACACGUACUCGAAAAACUUUGCACGGUUGAUUGCCAACCUGUCAUUCAUGGUGAGAGCGUUUGUUGCAGACCAAGAUGUCUUCCGAGUCUUCAGCUCCAGUUUUUUUUGUUUUGUUUUGGUUUUGGAAGACCUCUCCGAAAUAAAAAAAGAAAGAAAAUAGAGAAAGAGAGAGCCUAAAAAAAAAGAAAAAAAAAUCCUCAUACUUAAUAGAUGCGUGACGUUUGUGAAUGAGAGCUAUUGAAUCCCACUUUGUACUUCUAUGCUAAUAUUUUUCCACCAAACCAAUUUACUGCAGAAAGAUUGUCCACAUCGACACUUGUUUUCAUUUUGUAUUCAGACCGAUGAUCACGGAGCAUUCAAAGCUAUCGAAAGCCAUUCUGCUGGUUUCCAAAUGCCGUUUGAAGUCUAAAUACAGGAACUCCCUAUAGUAUCGUUACUGUAGCUCAGGAUUAGUGGUUUCAAAUUCACAGCUGGCGAGGCCUGAAGGCCUGGCAGUCAAAAAGUUUCACAAUUGCAAAACACAUAAACUAGAUGUGAAAGUAAUCACCUAAUGUAAAUUUGAAAUUGUAGAGGGCAUACCGUAGGGUAGAUCACCACAGGUCUAGGAUCAGUCACAUACGGGUCUUAAUAAAAGGGGUCAAGGCACAAACCGGCAAUGAAAACAUCAUCGAUCAGCUGCCCUUUACUAAGCACGCCAAAUCCUGCAAAUCUUGCUUUUGAAUAUAUACAACAAUUAGUGUAACACCAUUGGCAUGUGGAUGGAAGAACCGCUGCAGCACCCUCAUUGGCUUUUAUUUUCUUACCUGAUAAAUUUAUUUUAGCUUAUUUUUCUUCACUUUUCCUUUGUUUUAUUCUUCAUUUGAACUCUCUUUGGGUUAUAGGUGUCCAUAUGCAAUUUCCUCUCCCUUGUUUUUUUUUAGAUUUUAAUAUCUGUGAAUUUUUAGAUAACAGUAUUUUAGAUAGUUAGAAACCGCCAGUAACAUCAUUAGCAGUUCCCUAACGUUUUUUUUUUUAUGCUUGACCUUCACUCCAGAUGGCAAGACCUCAACCUCCUCAACUUAUGAACUCAUCUUACUGUAGGUGAGUGAGUAGCUGACACGUAAUAUACAGCGUAAAACCUCACAGUUAAUAAUGCAUUCCUUUUAAUACAUAGGUGUUAUGUACAGCUAUUUUGUAUUAUUUUAUAUCAUAUUCUUCUGUAAUCGUCCGCUGCACAGACAAUCGCUAUACACAUGUCAAUAAACUGUCAAAAAGUUGAA